GCAAAAAUAAUUCAAUUCCAGUUGUUCCACCCGCAGUUGAAAAAUCUCUAAAGUAAAUUUGAAUAAUUCUAUUUCGAAUUCAUGUAUUCAACGUCUUUUUGUAAGUGUUGUUCAAUCUCAUCGUGAGAGUGCAUGAAUGUCCAGUUUGGGGGUCGCCAGUAAAGUAUCCCAAACGUCGUUAGUAGUCGUUGCUGGUGUCGUCUCGGAAGCGCCAGUCGUGAACGGUUUCUCGCCGCUAACGUUAGCCACGGAAACUUUGUUUUUGCUCGGAUCCGGUGCCUUCGGAAUGAUGAGUGUCCUGCAGCACGGAAGUAGCUUCGACUGGCUUAAAUAUGUUACCCUUACAACGGGAGGAUCGUUGCUUUUGCUGCUGAUUGCCAAUAACAUUAGCAGUGCCGCUAAGCAGAGAAAUGCCAGUAAGGGACGACGGAAAGCGAACCCACGGGAACAGUCGGUUAUGAUUGUGACUGGGUGUGACUCUGGACUUGGUUUCAACAUCGCAAAACUCUGCCACCGGCUGGGGUUUGUCGUUUUUGCCGGAUGUCUCAGCAAGGACGCAGAGGGUGCCAAACUUCUGCAGCAGUUAGCACAUGAUGAUGCCGCAGACAAUGAACGGUUGUUUGUCGAGCAGCUUAAUAUUACGCUCGAAGAGAGUGUCCUGAUGAUGAACAAAUCCGUUAAGGUUUUCUUCGAAAAGAAUCCAACCUUCGACCUAUUCGCCUUGGUUAACAACGCGGGUGUCAUGUGCUUCGGAGAGUUCGAGUGGCAGCUAAGUGAACACCUUGAACAGCAAAUCAAUGUUAAUCUACUGGGGACAAUGCGUAUGACUAAAUCGUUUUUACCUCUCGUGCGUAAGCACCGUUCCAGGAUUAUCAACGUAACUAGUCACUGCUCGUUGCAAGCACUGCCCGGUUUGUCGGUCUACUCGGCUACCAAGGCGGCUCUUCGUUUCUGGACCGAAAGUCUACGCAUGGAGAUGUCCAGCUAUGGUGUUCAGGUGAUUAAUUUUAUCCCCGGCUCGCUGGUGAUGCAAAGCAACAUCUGUGCCAAGCAGAACCAAUAUGCCGCCCAGAUGAAGGCUGGUUUCAGUGCGGAGCAGUUGGAAUUCUACGGGUCCUACUUUGAUGAGUACAACGCAUAUCUGCGGGUAAUUGCCGGACCGAAGCCGGUGCAAGCGCUACCAGAUAAUCAUGAUGUUUUGCGCUGCUUUGCCGAUGCCCUACUGGACGAGUGCCCCAAGAGGGUGUACAAGAGCGAACCCUGGCGCUAUCGGGUGUACCAUUUGCUGUUCGGUAUCACACCGACGCCGAUUCGUGACUGGCUGGUGCGACGCUUUAUCAAUAUGCCCAUGUACCGAUCGAUGGAGACGUUCCAUGGGUACGGAAUUGGGGCUAGCUUGUAAUUUCGGUACGUACGGAACGGUACUCGUGAAAUUAUAUGUGAAACUGGGAAAAGUUUGUUUCGACCAAAUCUUCAAUUGAUUUUUUUUUAAAUUAAUUAGCUAAAAAUCACUUGAAUUUCUAAAAAUUCCAGUUAUGGAUGCGUAAAUUUACGUAAACUAAGAAAAAUAUAUUUUACUAGGAACCAGGAACAACGAUGAAGAAUCAUUUAGUAAAUCUUUUGGCUGCCAUACUAAUUCUUGACGUAAUCUUCCAUAACGAACCUCAGGAAAAAAUGUGUUCAGAUUGCCAACCAACUUUCGAUUAGUUUAGAAUUUUAGCCAUAACGCACAAAAACGGUUUAGGCUUUAUUUGUAGGUUUGCUUCACUGAAA